ACUGUCGCCCUCUUCUGGUUCCUUUCAGUCAUGACACAUUGUGACACAGAGGUCCAGAAAGCAAUGAAAGUUGUCGAGGCAAACAAAUGCUCUUUCAUUGCUGCAGCCUAUCAUUAAGAGAAGCGUCCAGUUCAACCAGCUCCUUUUGCGCAGGCAGAAAACAGUAUAAAUUGUAGGACAAUGAAUUUCUCACACGCAGAACAAAACGAGGCAGAAACAACUAACAUGAACUCAGUAUUGAGCAAAUGCUGGCUGUGAAUCCCGGAAAGACGCCCAUCAGUCUGCUGCAGGAGUAUGGAACGCGGAUAGGCAAGACCCCAGUGUAUGACCUGCUGAAGGCCGAGGGACAGGCCCACCAGCCCAACUUCACGUUCCGCGUCUCCGUCGGAGAGAUCAGCUGCACCGGCCAAGGGCCCAGCAAGAAGGCAGCCAAGCACAAAGCAGCCGAGGCUGCUCUGAAGAUGCUCAAAGGAGGUCUUGGAGGUCCCGCCGGAGUUGGUGUUGGAGUAGACGGGUUUAUUGGGGUUGACGUGUCUACUGAUGGAGACAGCUCCCAGUCAGAGAUGAAGACCUCAGGCAGUUCUCAGCAGUCUGAAUGUAACCCUGUAGGAGCUCUGCAGUAUUUGUCUGUACGUCUCUGUCAGGAAUUGGUGGUGCAGAAAGGAUGGCGUUUGCCAGAGUACACAGUCACUCAGGAGUCUGGUCCAGCACACCGCAAGGAGUUCACCAUGACCUGCAGAGUCGAGAGAUUUGUGGAAAUCGGAAGUGGAACCUCGAAGAAGCUAGCCAAGAGAAAUGCAGCAGCUAAGAUGUUAUCCCGUAUACACGACGUCCCCGUUGACCUGAGAACCAGCAAUGACGCUGACCCAGAAGAAGACACGUUUAACAUGCACAUGGGGAGCAGAGCUGAGACGGGUAAAAGUAAAGGCUUCAGCUGUACAUGGGACUCUCUGCGAAACUCUGCCGGAGAGAAGAUCCUCCAGCUCCGCAGCCACCCGCUGGGCAUGCCUACUGACUCCAACUUCUGCUCUUUGCUGAGCGAUCUGUCUGCGGAGCAGCGUUUUGACGUCAGUUACCUGGAUCUAGAAGAGCGCAGUCUGAGCGGCCUGUGCCAGUGUCUGGUGGAGCUGUCCACACAGCCAAUCACGGUGUGCCACGGCUUUGCUCCGAGCAUAGAUGCCGCUCGAGCCAACGCGGCCCACAAUGCACUGCAGUACCUCAAAAUCAUGGCUGGUGGGAAGUGAUGCCAUCUCCCCCCUCACAGACUCGAACUCGCCACCACAGGAUUCCAGGAUCAAUUUCCUCUUCGGACGACGGAGGCACUUUGGUGACAAGUUUAAAUAACGCGAAUUACCUCAGAUGUGGAAAUGGAGACUUUUUUGUCAUUAAAUUAAUCCCCGGAGCUUUUUUUUUUUUUUUUUUUGGUCCCAUGGAUUUCUUAUCGUUGCCAAUGAAGAUUUAGUUGCCCAAAAACUCUUUGCACCCCUCUCCUUGACAUUUUGCAUAUUUGUCACAAAUUAUUUUUAAAAAUGCAUUUGCUCGCCAUCCAUACACAGUACUGUAUUUUCCUAAAAUCUUUAAAAGUUUAAAAAGUAUUUAUCUGAAAUCACAAAUGGUGCUCUUGCAGUGAGUUCCCGAAAUAACUGUAUACAAAUUCUAAUACAGCAAAAAUUGCAAAAGGUCAAAAAGAGUUUGUAGAAAUUGGGCUAUGGAGUCGGCGAUUACUGGUGCUUCGUUUAUUCCCAGAUCAUCGAUGGAUCAAUGGAACAAAAAUUCCCAGCCGUGUGCCGAAACAUGGAGAGAAAAGGACUCUGCCGAAUAAUUUUAAAGACUGCCGUGUUUUCAGAUGACCUUAAAUGAGAAAAUGUGGCUUUUGUUGUGUAGUAAUUUGAACCCUAAAAACUCAAAGUGUUCUUCUCUGUGAUUCUGUUAAUGUUGGGCCUUUAAAUAUAUGAAUUUAGAAAACGCAUCAGGUUAUCUUUGUUUACCAUUAUGAACUCGUAAGGUUAAAGAUUUUGGAAAUUUAACCUUUCUAAUCGUGUCACUCUUUGGCAUUCCCAAAGUAAAAAAUGUUAAGAAGGACUGGGACUCUAAUGACUGAAAAUGACUGACGAUUGAUGGAUUAUCCUUCUAGUGUAAGCAGUUUUGAUGGGCUCAUGUUGUAGCAAGUGAAAAAGUACUUAUGCUGUCCUUUUAAUUGUGAUGAAAAUUAAAAAAAAAAUACUCAUACUGGUCCCAAUUACUCCUGAAUGUGCAAACAGCAAUAUAAAAUUACGUUAUAACGGCUUUAAAAAAUGUAGCUAAAAGAUUUAGCACACAGUCUUAACAUGACAAGUAAAUCCAUUUCAAUGUAGCAUAAAGACAAGUCAACUAUUUGGGUGAAAAGAAUUACAGAAGAAAGUACUGUGAGUCCUCUGAUAAAGCAUUGGUCCUGUUAGUUUAGACUUUCAAUAUCAUAGACCAGACAAACAGACCCACCACAUGUUCUCAUGUGAUGCUUCACAGUUUUUUUGGUGCUCAUUAUUCCCGUAUGGUUUCAUUUCUAAUUAAAAAAAACCCUGUGAUUGCUUUUUCCUAUCAAUGUGACUGUCUCCUAUAAUGAUAUUUGAAAAUUGAUGGUGAUUCUUUUCUCCACAUACUUGCUCUGUCUUAGUGUAACGGUUCAUUACAACCCCCUUAUAUAUCUUAUGUACUACCUUACAUGUUUGCAUACCGGUUAAUACACUGCCUUGCACUCAGCUGGAAGUAUUGAAAAUAGUGUUGAAAACAGUUUGCACUACUUGAAAGGAUAAUGCCCUUUGCACAAUGCAGGCUGACCAAGUUUCUGUACAUCUCCUCCCACUGGUGUGAUUGAUGUUGACCUCAUUCGCUGAAAAAGCAGAUCUUGUUUUCUGAUAAUUCAAAUAAGGAACUCUUUUUUUUUUUGUGAGCUCUUGUUGCUGACACCAUUGACGUCUAUGCUGACAUGAAUGAAUAUGAUAUGAUAGACUUCUUUGUUGUGGUAGUAGAAAAUGUUGCCCAGUUUUAGAGAAACUAUGAAUUAAAAUGUGAGCUCCGUGUGAAAUUGACUUUGUUUCCAAUAAAACAUUUUCUACA